AUGCAUGGAUGUGUUUCAGGAUCUGCUCUCCUAGUAAAUGCUGAGGUUGAUUCCAUGGGUGGGGUUGUUGAUGGCGGAGUUGGUAUUGGUAUAAAACCCUCUCCGCGGCGAGCAGCAAUUGAGAAGGCUCAGGCAGAACUUAGACAAGAGUAUGAUGUUCGUGAGGAGCGGAGAAGGGAGCUAGAAUUUCUUGAGAAAGGUGGCAAUCCUUUGGAUUUUAAAUUUGUGAAUGCAGCUUCGGUUAGUGUCCAGUCUACUUCACUCACAGAUCAUCAUGUCGAACAGUUUGUUACUAGUGAAGCAAAAGGCAGUUUUCCACUGACUGCAUCACCUCAUGGGGAUUCUGUAGAAAGUAGUGGUAGACCAGGGGCUACUGCAGUUUGUGAGCCCAAUAGUGCCGACAAUUUUGAUGGUGAAAAUGAGUUACUUGAAGUUGAAAGGAAACCGAGACAACCUAGUAGAAGGAAUAAUGUCACUCAAUCAGAGCAGUCUUCACAGAUGGAGGGGACUCAUAAUGCCAAGGAAUCAGAAGAUUCUGCUAUUUUUCGGCCUUAUGCUCGAAGGAAUAGGUCCAGACCAAAUCGUGAUGGUGCUCGAUCAAGUUCAACUGAUGUUGUUCAGAGUUCAGUUGGUCAUGGAUCUUCCUUACCGGUUCGUGGGGGUGCAAGGGAUGUGAAGGGUUUGGCAACUGAAACAGACAAUAAUAAAGACCAGAUUAUCACUUCUGUCUCUAACCCAAAGUCCACAGCUUCAAACGGUGACAUGGUUUCCCAGAUUGAGGCUUCCAAUACCCAGUCAAACAUGGAGCUUGAUUGUGUGCAGGCUCCAAAAACAGUAGCUAACCUGCCUGAAGAUAGGUUGGAUGUUACAGAGUCCAAUGUCUCAAGGGAUAACCAGCAUGAUCAACCUUCAGAAGCUGAUGCUGAGAAAGCACCCAAUGAUAUUGCUUCUAGGGAAUGUGAUCAUGAUGGAGGAAAAGAGCAGGUUAUUUCAGCUGGUCCUGAAGGUCUACCUUGUGCUGAAUCAACAAAGGCUGAGAAUGAAACUGGUCCUUGUCUGCUUAAUGGCUUUAGUGACUUGAAAAAAGAUGGAAAUGAAGGUCAAAAUGGUAAUACAUCAAUGGGAACUAAAGGAUUUGAUUCAGAUUCCUCGUGCACCCAAAAUAGCGUAAGCUUGGAUGUAAACAAUGACAGCGUUUUGUGUGCUAAUCGUAGAAAUGAUGAUACUAAUGAAACACUUUUGAAAGAAUCAUCAGAAUUUGAAGGAGCACGAAGUUUACCAUUGGGUAGUAUGGGAAAUGAAAAAAAGAGACCAAGUCUAUUGAAUGUGUUACUGCCAUCAAUGAUGGAAGAAAUGAGAAGUUUUCACUCUCAAAAUGAGGUGAAGUGUCCUAAUCUUGAAGGGGUGGAACAAAAUGAUGACGUUGCAUCUGAGGCUGAUAUAAAGGUGGGCAACAUGUUGGCUGAUGGUUCAAAUUCCAACAGGGGAAAAAAUUACUCCAUUGGUCCCCAGGGCUCUAUGGAUCCAUCGAUUCAAGAGCUUCCCCACCCUAUCUUGUCAGAGAAAAACUCUUCUGCUGCCCUUGACCCUCAAUCUUGUUCUGAUACACACUUGAAAUUGGCAGACAAGGCUCAUGAAGAUUCUGUUUUGGAAGAGGCACGGAUUAUAGAGGCUAAGCGCAAGAGGAUUGCUGAGUUAUCUGUUGGAACGGUGCCCUCAGAGAGUCAUCAGAAAUCUCACUGGGAUUUUGUCCUUGAAGAAAUGGCAUGGUUGGCAAAUGAUUUUGCACAGGAGCGUCUCUGGAAGAUGACUGCUGCUGCUCAAAUAUGUCGCCGUGUUGCUUUUACUUCUCGAUCAAGAGUUGAAGAACAAAAUCAGCAUUUGAAGCUUAAAAAAGUUGCUUAUAGUCUGGCUAAAGCUGUCAUGCAGUUCUGGCAUUCAGCGGAGGUGUAUCUAAGUAACAAUUGUCAAAGUGUUGGUUCAAAGAAUGGCAAGGAUGAGACGAGGAUGUUUGAGGGGAAUGAAUUUUCUGUCAACAAGUUUGGAGAAAUUGAUAAGGCGACAUGCAAAGAGUUAGAGAUACAAAAUCCUGCCAAAAACAUUGCACAUGCCAUUCAUGGAUAUGCUGUAAGGUUUUUGAAAUAUAACAGCUCUGCUGUUCCUUCCCUUCAAGCAGAAGCACCAGCAACUCCUGACAGAAUAGCUGAUUUUGGCUUGCUGGACAUUUCAUGGGACGACCACCUUACGGAAGAAAGCCUGUUCUAUGCAGUUCCUUCAGGUGCCAUGGAAAUGUACAGAUUGUCCAUUGAAUCUCAUAUUGUGCAAAGUGAGAAAACUCGCAAUAGCAUGCAGGAGGAGGUCGAUACAUCUAUUUAUGACACUCCAGCAGACUUUGGAUAUCAUGGUAAUGCAUAUGAUGAGGAGGAAGGAGAAACAAGUGCUUACUAUAUGCAUGGAGUCUUUGAAGGUAGCAAAGCAGCAAAACAUGACCAGAAGAAAUGGAAAAACUUCACAAAGUCACCCUCUGCAAGAUCAUAUGAUCUGGGAACUGAUUCACCUUAUGGACAUUGCACCACUGGGCCACAACAAAAUGUAUUUAUGGGGAAAAGACCUGCUAGUAAUCUUAACGUCGGCUCAAUUCCAACAAAACGCAUGCGUACUGCUUCUAGGCAGAGGUUUAUAAGUCCUUUUACUGCUGGAACCACUGGGGUUCUACUCCCGGCUCCAGUGAAGACGGAUGCGUCAAGUGGAGACACUAGUUCUUUUCAGGAUGACCAGAGUACUUUGCAUGGUGGAUCACAAAUUCAGAAAAGUAUGGAGGUCGAGUCGGCUGCAGAUUUUGAAAGGCAGUUACCAUAUGACUAUGCCGAGACAUCAACAAAACCGAAGAAGAAGAAGAAGGCAAAACAUCUGGGUUCUGCUUAUGAGCAGGGCUGGCAGCUGGAUUCUACUGUUCAUAAUGAACAGAGGGAUAAUUUCAAAAGAGAUCAGAGAGUCAUCAUUUUGACUCUAAUGGAACUAGUGAAGCCGAAGAUAAUGAAGCAAAUGCUAGAUAAUACUUUUGACAGCAUGGUUCAAAUGGCCGGGUCCAUCCCUUCCCCAGCUGCUUCCCAGAUGAGUAAUAUGUCAAACACAAAUAGAUUCAUCAAAUUGAUUGGUGGCAGGGAACGAGGAAGAAAAAAUAAAUCAAUGAAGAUUUCUGCUGGGCAGCCAGGUUCUGGAAGUCCUUGGUCACUUUUUGAAGACCAGGUUGCUUUUCCUUCAGUUUCUUUCUUGAAUCUGUCGUUUCUUUGUGAUGCUAUCAACAGCACUGUUCAAUUCAAGUGCGUAUUUCGCAAGCCUAAAGAAUGCAAAGAACGUCACAAAAUCUUAAUGGAUAAGGGUGCUGGUGAUGGGGCUGAUAGUGCAGAGGAUUCAGGAUCUUCUCAAUCCUACCCGUCAACUUUGCCUGGCAUUCCAAAGCAGGGCAGUGCCAGACAAUUGUUUCAACAUUUGCAAGGGCCGAUGCAAGAGGAUACCCUGAAGUCUCAUUUUGAGAAAAUUAUCGUGAUUGGGAAGAAGUAUCAUUGCAAAAGGAGUCAGAACGAAAACCAGGAUCCUAAGCAAGCAGCAGCAAUGCACAAUUCUCAUCGUAGUGCUCUUUCCCAAGUUUGCCCAAACAACUUAAAUGGAGGUGUUCUAACUCCCCUUGAUCUCUGUGAUCCAAGUGCUUCAAGUCCAGAUGUUCUUCCCAUUGUGUAUCAAGGUUCACAUGCUAGCAAUUUGGCAAUCCCAAAUCAAGGUGCUGUAACAUCAAUGCUUCCUACUUCUGGUGCAAGCUCUUCCCUGCAAGGAUCUUCUGGUGUGGUUCUUGGGAAUAACUCGUCAUCACCAUCUGGACCCCUCAAUGCACCUCUCAGAGAUGGUAGAUACAAUGUUCCAAGGGCAUCUUUACCAGUUGACGAGCAGCAAAGAAUGCAACACUACAAUCAAAUUUUAUCUAGUAGAAACUUGCAGCAGUCUAACUUGUCUGUUUCUGGGAAUCUCUCUGGAGCUGAUCGUGUUGUUCGCAUGCUACCCGCUGGAAAUGGCAUGGGCAUGAUGCCAGGGAUGAACAGGAGCAUGCCACUGCCAAGGCCAGGAUUCCAAGGAAUUGCCUCACCAUCAAUGCUGAGUUCCGGCAAUAUGCUUUCUUCCAAUAUGGUUGGGAUGCCAAGCCCUGUAAAUAUGCACUCUGGAGCUGGUUCUGGUCAAGGGAACUCAAUGAGACCUCGCGAGGCUUUGCAUAUGAUGAGGCCUGGCCAUAAUCCUGAGCAUCAAAGACAAAUGAUGGUACCAGAGCUUCAGAUGCAGGCAACACAAGGGAACAGCCAAGGAAUUCCUGCUUUCAAUGGGUUGAGUUCUGCUUUUGCUAAUCAGACGACCACUCCGCCAGUGCAGACAUAUCCAGGCCAUCCCCAGCAGCAGCAUCAAAUGUCCGCUCAACAGUCCAAUUUGCUGAGCAAUCCUCAUCAUCCCAAUCUUCAUGGCUCCAAUCAUACUACAGGUUCACAGCAGCAAACAUAUGCAAUGCGCCUUGCUAAAGAAAGGCAAAUGCAGCAGCGGCUUCUCCAGCAGCAGCAGCAGCAGCAGCAGCAGCAGUUUGCUGCAUCUAGUGCUUUGAUGCCCCAUGUCCAACAUCAAUCCCAACUUCCCAUAUCAUCAUCUAUGCAAAAUAGUUCUCAGAUUCCACCACCAACUGUAUCACAGCCAGUGUCACUACCACCUAUAACUCCACCUUCUCCAAUGACUCCCAUUUCAAUACAGCAGCAACAACAGCAGAAACAAAAUCAUGCCGUCAACCGGAACCCCCAAAGUGGUUCCAGUUGUUUGACCAAUCAGAUGGGAAAGCAACGACAGCGGCAGCCACAGCAGUUUCAACAAUCUGGUCGACAUCACCCUCAACAACGACAGCACUCGCAGUCUCCACAGCAGGCUAAACUCUUGAAGGGAAUGGGAAGAGGGAACAUUGUGGUGCACCAGAAUCUCCCAAUAGAUCAUUCUCCUUUGAAUGGCCUUUCUGUGCCUCCAGGAAACCAAGGUGUAGAGAAAGGAGAGCAAAUCAUGCACUUGAUGCAGGGUCAAGGCUUGUAUUCUGGGACUGGGUUAAGUCCAAUUCAUUCGUCUAAACCAUUGGUUUCUUCACAAUCCCCGAACUAUUCUCAGCCGCAGCAAAAGUUAUAUUCUGGCCCAGCAAACUCUUCGUCAAGGCCACUCCAGCAAAUGCCUUCUCAUUUGGAUAAUAGUGCUCAAGGCCAGGUUCAACCAGUACCCUCUGGGAAAACACUAAAUUCUACUCACCAAAACACUCCAGUCAUGGUUCCCAAUCAUCAGCAUCUUCAACCACAUCCACAGCCACACCAGAAGCAGGUUAGUCAACCUCAAUCAACUGCUCAGAGAAUGCAUCAACAGAAUCGUCAGGUGAAUUCUGAUCUGCCAACCAAGCCUCAAACUGAUCAGGGUUAUACUGAUCGGCAAACUUCAAACGUCUCCCAGACAGGAACAAGUACAUCCACAGUGAUGCCCCAGGCCUGUAAUGAUACAGCUAAUGUGGCACCAGUUGUCUCUUCUGCCUUAGCGAUACAGUGGAAGUCUUCAGAACAACCCUUGCAUGAUUCUGGCAUGGCAAAUUCAGCCUUGCAGGUAGGUCCUAUUGGUAGCCCACCUCUUGCGAGUGCAACUGGGAGUGAGCCAGCUGUCAGCCAAGGUUCAGUCCACAGGCAGUUGUCAGGAGGCCUGCCCAUGCAUGGCCAUAAUGGUGGAGCACAGUGGCAGCACCAACAACCACAACAAUCGACAGCAUCACCACCCCCAUCACAAGAACAACUACGUCAAGAACCGCAGCAAUCACCUCAACAGCUGCCCCCACAGCAGCAGACACAGCAUCUUCAAUCAGCACAAGGCAGUUUAUAUAUCAGGCCAAGCAAUUCUAGCCUGGAAUGA